AUGGCCAUGAACUACAUUGGGAGUGUGUCCAUCCUUGACAGAGGAGACGCCCCAGCCCAGGCAGUGAUUGACCGUAAUGCCCGCUCAUUGGCUCAAAGGAUAUGUGAUGAAACUAAAGAUGAGCUAAACAAAGUCAUGACUAGAGUCCAUAGCAUUUAUGGGGCUAUGGACACGGUAGAUGAUAGAUAUACCAUCACAUCCAUGGAAUAUGUCAAUGAUCUGUACCAGCAACAGGUGACAAUUUUUAUCGUGGGCUACUCGGAGACCUGCCAGCAGAAACUCCGGCUCCUGCAGCAAGUGAACCAGUUUUUCACAGAGAACUCAAAAAAUAUAGAUGAAGAAGAUUGGUUUCCCACAACCCCUGAUAUGGAUCUGGAAGAGGCCAGCAACACGGUUGAAGACACAUUGAGCCACGCUCAUGAGUUGUCCAGAAAACUGGCAGAGUUGAACAGAGAGAUGGUCAGCUACAUGGCAUCUUCUAUUGAGAAGAAAGCUAGCAACAAGGGAAGAAAGAAAAUAGAAAGAGCCUUGCAACAAGCAAGGGAAGAAGUUAGUGGCCUGAAUGAGAAGCUAACAGCGCUGCAGAAAGAUUUAGAUGAAAAAGAUGAAAAAGUUCACAACUUUUUGAAACAAAUGGAGUCUAAAAAUCUGGAGGUCCAAAAGUACAGAACAGCUGCAGAACUAGCCAAGACAGCCACUGAUGAACUGGAUGCAUUGCGUAAAGAAAUCCAGCAGAAAGAUGCCAAAAUAAUUUCCCAGCGCCAGCAGCUGGCCAAGCAGGAAGUGGAACUGACUCAGGUGAACCACAUCAAGGAGAAGACAGACCUGAGCUUGACAGAAGAGUUUCAGCAAAAGAUUACCAUCCUUCAAAAAGAACUAGACGAUCAAAAGAAAACCAAUGAAGAAAUUAAAAAAGAAAUGACUCGGCUGUUGGACAACCAGAUGCAAGCCUUACAUGAGACCCACAGGCAGGAGAUGGAGGAACUCAGGCACCAACAUGAGACGGAGGCUAUGAAGCUACAGGGUUUGCCUGAACCUGCAACAGGUCACGUGACUCUAUCGGAGCCUGCGCUGGUCAGGGAGAAUCGUAACCUAGCACCUGAAACAAGAACCCCGACAAAGAACCCCAAAAAAGGAUUCCAAACCAAAAACCCUAACCAUGAAUCAAGAACCCCAACCAAGAACCCCGACCAAGAACCCCGACCAAGAACCCCGACCAAGAACCCCGACCAAGAACCCCGACCAAGAACCUCGACCAUGAACCCCUACCAAGAACCCCGACCAAGAACCCCGACCAAGAACCUCGACCAUGAACCCCUACCAAGAACCCCCACCAUGAACCCCUACCAAGAACCCCGACCAAGAACCCCGACCAAGAACCCCGACCAAGAAACCCGACCAAGUACCCCGACCAAGAACCCCGACCAAGAACCCCGACCAAGAACCCCGACCAAGAACCCCGACCAAGAACCUCGACCAUGA